AUUUGCUCGUACGACUACGCACGUAUAGGACCGACAAGUGACUCGAUCCAAACGGGUUUGGAUUUUGUGGUAUAGUCGUGCGUGCUUAUUAAUUUUCUGUAUAGGAAAAAAUGGAUACAGAAAGACUAAUAAUGUUGGUUCACGAACAAGAGUGUUUGUGGAAUUUAAAUAGUGAAAAUUACCAUUCGAGAGAUUUGCAAAGAAAGGCUUGGAAAGAAAUAGCAUCAGAAAUGAAGUGUACAGAUAUAAUGACGCCAAGAACCUUGGAAGGUAGUGUCCCCGAACCUGAAUCUGAGGCAACUGACAUUAAUGAAGCGGAUGUCGAGCAUGAUGACAAUGAUAAUAUAUCUACAGAACAAUCACCGCCAACGACACCAACGACUUCACAAACUCUGCUACCACAAAUCCAUCAAUCACCACAAUCAUCAUCAUCAUCCUCUAAACGCCUGUUCAAGUCACCACCAAAGAAGAAAAAUAGGCGACAGAAUGAAGCGGCUAAGUAUGAUGAAGCGUUUCUUAGAAUUGAGCAAGAGAAAUUGAAAUAUUUCAAGGGGCCUGUGCAGGAUAGCGAAAUGCAUUUCCUAAUGAGUUUGCACCCUUUUCUUAAAAAAAAUACCCGCUUCUCAACAGUUGUCCGUACGAGCGGACUUGAUGCAAGUUCUCAUGAAGAAUCAACCCACUCCAUCAUAUUUACCAACUCCCAGUCCAGGCUACCAGUCAUCGAGUGA